CGCCGCCACAUUCAUUUGACAAUCGCAUCCUAACCACCAUCUUAGCUGUAUCCGUUCCAGAACAAGAAUUUAGUCAGACUACCUAUAUAUCUUCUGACUCCCCAUAUCUCCAAGCUGCUCGAAUUAAUAUCUCAAAAGCCCAUAUGUCUGAAACAGCAUCCGUUUACUCCCACGGGUCAGGCACAAAAUCCACACGCGAGUUCCUCUCGAUUCCACUUGCCGAUGACACAUCCUCCAUCACCCAGGCGGGCCUCAGACAGACGUCAUUAAUGUCUAACCUCGACCUGUAUAGCAAACUGAAAAAGAAGACGCCAAAUCAUUUCGCCUUCACCGCAGCGCCAAUGCCAAUGCCACAGACGCGUAGUGUACCCAGCGGAAUACCCAAUAGACCGCUCGAUCGCUUCCAGCAGCCACGAGCGCCGGCGCUCGCGGGACCCAAGCGCGUGCAGAGACAAGACCACCCCCAAAACCAUUACUUUCAAAUCAGCCCCCAACGCAGCAUGUCACUGCUCCCAUCGCCGCGAUCCUCCAAUACCUCUCAAUUGUCACUCAACCGCACAUCCGUGUCGACUCAGUCAUCGCAGUCCGAGGUGUUGCACGCAAAGAUCGAGCAGCUCGAGAAGACCUUAGGCGACGUGAGGCUCGAGAAUGACGAGUUACGUCGCGAGCAUAGUGCCGGUAGAAAUAUAAGGACCUCCCUGGAAUUACAAGAGCUUCAGGAACUUCAGUCAAUGAAUGAUAAUAUUAUCAAUGAAAACUCUAUGCUCAUCCAGGAGCGGUCAAAGCUCAAAUCCGAAAUCGCAGACCUCUCCCACGAGCUCAGCCGGUGCAUGAAAAUCAUCCAUGACCAGGAGCGGACGAUUGUGAAACAAAGAGAGGUGAAGAAAUCUCACCGGUCGUCGCUCCACAAAAGCGCCACCUACAAGAUCAACUUGCAGUAUGAGGUACUCCGUGAGGAGGAUGAGGAAGAGGAGAAGGAAACACCUAGUCAUUACGACGGGGACCUCACCGUCAGUAGAACACCACGUGUGCCGCCGCGGCCGCUGUCGCUCGUUCUUUCGCUCAGCCUGUCACGAUCCGAUGAGUCGCACUGGGAGGAGCUCUUAGCGUCGCAGGCCGACCAGGUGGACGUCCAGCCGUUCACCACAAUGGGCGACAAGAUCACCUCGUGGCAGGAGUUCAUUCAGCACUACCGAACUCUCCGUGCCAGAUAUAGCGCUUUGAAGCUGGAGCAAGGAAGCACUGAAACCCCGAUGCUUGUGACCAAGAUGGAGCAGGAGCUUGUGGCUGUGCGUGAGGCACUUCUUCAACUGGAGAUCCUCAACGAGAAGUAUGUGGUGAACGAGCUCGGGAUGAAUGCCACCAUGGAGGAGAUGAAAGAACAACAUUCCCAGGAGAUGGCUACCGCGGAGAAGAAACUCAUUGAGAAGCAAUCAGAGGAACUUGCUAGAAGAGAGACUGAGCUCAGAGUGAAGCACAUCCAGGAGCUCUCUCUCAGAGAUGCUGAACUCAGCAAGACCAGAAUUUCGCUUCCAGUGCCUGAAUCGCCCCGGGCUAAACAUGUUGAUGCGUUAUUCCGGAGUUUGGAUCCCUUUACCCAAUCCGGUUCCAAGACCCAGCCACUUCCUCAGGUAGAGGCGUUUGCCAAGACUGCCCAAGCGGACGCGAUCUACCACGACUCGUUUGUGCAGUUGGUACAGAGCCACACGGAAGGGAUAGAAAACCGUGACCAGAAAAUUAACAAUCUUGUUCAGUUGCUCGCCCAGGAGAGGCGUUUGCUUGCGAGUUUGUGUGUGGGUAGUAGAGGCAUGUCUUUGUAUGACAUGGAGGAUAUGGACUACACGGACUUGUCGUCGUCCGUGUCAAUGAACGGGGACGAAUCGUACACCCCGAGCUCCGAGGUAAGCGCCGAUGAGGUAUUUGAGACGAAGGAAAAGUUGUUGCCAGGAAAGCGCGUGAAGAAAAGACGCGUCGGGAUCAGGUUUAUCGAUGUCGUAUAAGCAGUAAUGGCCUAGACGAAGGAUCAGUGUUAACUGCCAAUCCCAAGUUCGCAGUCGCGGAUCGGUCUUACGCUGGGAAUAUGCGUAAGGAGUCCCAAUGGAUAUUUGGCGUAAAAACUAUAUGUCGGUGAAUCUAAUAUUAAGCGAAAAAGAGCACCGAAUAGCCGCUUUUCGAAACGUAACAAUACUUGUAUUGGGGGUGAAGUUGGCUUUUAAAUUAUGAAGAUUCUAUAAUAUCAGACUACUCUCGCAUUUUGCAAGAAUCCACAUAUGUUUCUAUCUUC